AUGUACUCACCGUUAUUUAAACAACGUUCAAUCAUUCAAACAAAAUUACGGAGGAAUGACAAUGAAAAUUGGCUUCGAUCUAAUCCUACUUGUACUUUAUUAUCAACUAGACCUCUCUACUUAGAUAACAAUACUAAUAAUACUGACAAUAAUAUAAUUUCACCGAAUACAUUUACUUCACGUAGUACACCUCAUAUCACUGUCUGUCCACUUAAUACUAAUAAUACAGCAGAUGAUAAUAAUGUUAAUGAUGUUAAUACUGAUAAUAAUGGAAUGAAGAACAAUUUAAAUGAUCAAACAAAAUCAAUUUAUUUAACUGGUAAUGAACAAGUGAACAAUUCAAUGAAUCACACAUAUACACCAUUGAAAUGUAAUCAACAUUCCGUUAGUACAUCAGAACAAAAACUUACCCGAGAUAAUCAUAAUUCCAGUUUUGUUUAA